AUGACUCUAUCGACAAGAUCAAAUAAUGAUGAUUUUCCAUCUGAAAUUCCUCCUAAAAGAUUCAAAAAUACAGAAACUGAAGAGGUUGAUCUUGAUUCUUUAGAGUGUGAUCCAGGAUUGCGUCGACAAAUUUGGGAAUAUCAUCCUAAUCAACGAGACGAGAUUCGUCGAGUUUAUUUGAAUCUGAAAGUAUAUCAACCUAUUCUUCAAGAAUAUCCAUUAAAUAAAAAUAUUAAGCACCCUCGAAGAUUUCAGUCAACUUGGUAUGAACAAUUUCCUUGGUUGGAGUAUUCACCCACUAAAGAUAAAGCAUAUUGCUUUCCAUGUUUUAUCUUCAACAAACCUUCAGGAUGCUUAAAUCAAACUACAUUUACUGCUGAUGGAUUUGAUAAGUGGAAGAAAGUUCGAAAUGCAAAAGCUUGUGCUUUCCUAGGCCAUAUGGGAAAGGAUAAUGUAUCUUCACCCAUCGUAAUGCUGAAAAGGCAUGCUGACAUACACGUGGUGUUAUUACUUGCACUUCAAGGAAUUCCGUUUAGAGGUCAUGAUGAGAAAUCUAGUUCAUCUAAUCGUGGCAAUUUUCUUGAAUUUUUGGAUGUGCUGACCAUGUACAAUGAUGAACUUUCAAAAGCAAUUGCGAAAGCUCCAAAAAAUGCCAAAUAUACAAGUCACGGUAUUCAGAAACAAAUACUUCAUGUGCUUUCGGUGAGAGUGAAAAAUAUAAUUCGUGAAGAAAUUGGAGUUGCCAAGUAUUGCAUAAUUGUUGAUGAAGCCCGAGAUGCAUCAAAAAGAGAGCAAAUGUCUAUAGUAUUGAGGUUUGUGGAUAGUAAUGGAUUCAUUCAAGAACAUUUUUUUGGCCUUGUUUAUGUAUCUGAUACUGCGGCUUUAACUUUAAAGGAUGCUAUAUAUUCUGCUUUGGCUCACUACAAUUUGGAUGUUCAAAAUAUUAGAGGUCAAGGCUAUGAUGGUGCUAGUAAUAUGAGGGGCGAGUUUAAUGGAUUGCAAGCUUUGAUUAUAAAAGAUUGUAAAAGUGCUUAUUAUGUCCAUUGCUUUGCUCAUCGGUUACAAUUGACUUUGGUUGCAGCAGCAAAAAAAUGUGACACCUAUUGA